AAGAAAAAAUUGAUUUGAUGGAGAGGAGAGGGUGGACUUGAUAGAAGGUUUCGAAGUUGCCCGUUCACCAAGAAUCCUAGCCCGAGCAGGAGACCAUUUGAUACAAUCUACUUUCAUGGCUGUUGAUUAGCGGCGGAACUGCAAGGAGCCUUUUGUUCGGUUCGGAUAAAUACGACUUACAUCAAGCUGAAUCCAUCUCCCACUUAUAGUCGGUCACCAUUCGCUGAGAUGGGUUGUGGAGGAUCCUCUCUCGCCGACGGAGAUGGGAGUCCUAAGAAAAUCCAGAAGCCAAAACCCUGGAAGCAUCCUCAGCCAAUUACAAGGACACAACUCAUGAAGAUGCGCGAUGAGUUUUGGGAUACUGCUCCUCACUAUGGCGGGCGGACAGAGAUAUGGGAUGCACUUAGAGCUGCUGCUGAAGCUGAUUUAGAUCUUGCACAAGCAAUAGUGGAUAGUGCUGGUGUCAUUGUUCGGAGUGAUGACUUGACACUUUGCUAUGAUGAGAGAGGUGCGAAGUAUGAACUACCAAAAUACGUCUUAAGUGAGCCAACCAAUUUGAUUUGAGAUGAUGGAGAUAGGGAUUAAAGUAAGAAAUACAACUUGUUUUCCCUUUUGGUUCCAAACUCCAAUGCAUCCUGGUUGAAUUCAUCUUGGUAGAUAAGCCAUUAGGCCCAUUACUUUGAUAUAACAAUAGACGUUCCAGAGCAGAAUCCGACUGAUAUUUGGAAAUAUUAUGUAGUAUGAGAAUUCUUGCAGCCAAAAGUGUGGUGUUUAAAAAUUAUGUAAAGUUGCACUUACUUACCAAAAAAGUUUUGUAGUCCA